UAACUGGUAGAAAAGAUACGUACACUUGACUGGUUGUGGAUUCUGCUGUUUUUUUCUUGGCAUCUUCCAGUCAGCCUCACGCUGCUUCGAUAGCUCUUUUCACAGACGUCCGGAACCAUCGGCUCAGUCUUGGCUGUGAGAAUUAUCCUUGAAGAGUUCUGGGUUUCAAAUAAUAAAACGAAUAUAUGAAUAUAACUGAAGGCUUGGAACAUUAUUAUCAUAAACAAAUUAACAGACACGAUUUAAUAGUACUUAUUUGUCCACAAAUAUGAACAAAAAAAUGAAGCACCUUGGUGCUGAAAGGUCAAACACCCACACAUGUGGACGUCUUAAAAGAGGUUAUAGAUGAUGCUUUUACGACCAGACCAAACAAUUCACUCUUUCAGUCCAAGUCUUCUCACUGUGGCGAUACUCGGCCAGGGUCAAAGACCAGUCAAACUUUACAGCCACAAUCUCAUCUGAGACAGACUACUCGGUCUUGCAAUUCACUUUAUGAAGCUUUUAGUCACUGAAGAUAUGCAAAGAUCACUGCUCUCUGAAAGAGCUGUCAAAAACGAACAAAGAUAAAACCUACUUCGACUGUCUGAAUAUACUUCAACAGCCUCAGUUUAUCCGAUUGUUUUGGUGUAGCUCAAUGAGUGAUGCUUUGCUCAAUAAGGUAUUCGACUCCCAGAUGCAUCUUCCAAAACCGGGUAUAUCACAACAGCUGUAUUCACGCAGGACUUACUGAACACAAGCAAGGGUCAAAUGUUCCAUCCGACGUAGAACACAGGGGUUUCAGAAUACUAACGGUUUGCCUUAAACUAUCCGCCUCUUUUAGCAUAGUGGCUAACACGUUAGCUAUGUUAUUACUACACGGCGUGCCAGUUUUCGAGAAAGAGCGUCCGAGGAGACAGAAGUCAACGCAGGAGAUGACUGACCACAUGUACAAAGCAUAGCUGAAAGAAAAGGCGGAGGAUUCCAAACGACACAGCGGGCUCCUGAAUGACAACUGUCACGUUAGCCGCGUCCACCUCCUGCUAACUUACCUAAAAUGGGAUGUAAUUCCUGUCAGUGACUGUGGCGAGCGGUGUCUCCCAACCCUCCAUCGAGUCAGAGGUUGUGGCCCUUAACAAAACGACGACUGAAGCUCCGCCAUUUCCCGAGGCAGCGCCAGUGCUACUUCCGGUAGAGAACUUCAAAAUAAAAUUGGACUGCUGAAUUCGCUCAAAGGAGCUGCCGGGAAAGUGCGUCAUGCCAUUGGCUCCUUCAUUGCCAGGGAAGUAUCCCCCCUCAUCCUCCGUCUCCCUCCCUUCCUCCCUCCAACAUCCUUCCUGAGAGCAGUGUGGCGGUGGGCCACGGGGGUCUUCUGCGUCUCCUCCAGGGGGCGGAGCUAGACUCUGGUCCUACGCUGCAAAGAGAACGCGCCGCGCUGAGAGAUUCGGCGAGGGGAAACCAAAAACGAAGAAGCUUCACCUUCAAGUUUAAAGAAGACCUGCUUUAAAGAGGACAGCGAUCUGACCAGAUUUCUGGUUCUAAAGAGUCUAAAUUAGUGAUGUUGCCCUCCCACAGGAAUUCCCUCCUCCCCUUCACCCCUCGCUUCAUCACUCUCUCUCUUCCUCACUCCUCCGCCAGAGCAGCCAUCCAUCCCCAACAAGCGGAUCAGUGAGAGAUCAAUCAGCUCCUUCCUGAAACUUCCUGCUCAUGGUCCUUGGUCUGUCCUCCUCUGCUUCCACACUUGUUCCUCACCAUGAAGAGGCCCAAGCAGCAGACAGGGCCCCUGAGCUUCCUAAACUUCUUCACCCGAAAACCCAAAUCGGAGCCCCGUCCCGAGAAGCCCGCAGAAAGCCGAGCCAAGGAGGAGGUGGCCAUCACCUUGACUCCAAGCGAGAAUCCGCCGCAGGCAGCAGAAGAGGUUGGAGAAUCAGGAGUUUCUGGAACAGAAAGAGGAGAAGGAGGCGGUGCACCGGCAGCGGCCGAGUCGGUCCAGGAUUGCGCGGCUGCAGCUGAAUGUGUUGGCGGUGUCAGUAGCGGCUCCACUGGCCUGCUGUCCCUCUGUUCCUCCAGCCAGGAUCAGCUUUUGGAUGAACACAUGGAGGAGUGUCCGCUGUGCCUGCUGAGUCAGCCUCGGUGCCACUUCCCACGACUCACCUCCUGUUCCCACCGCACCUGCUCUGACUGCCUGAGACAGUACCUUCGCAUCGAGAUAUCGGAGAGCAGAGUAAGCAUCGCCUGCCCACAGUGUCACGAGACACUGUCGCCGCUGGAUGUUCAGACGAUCCUGGAUGACAAGGUGCUGCUGGAGCGCUUCGAGGAGUACCAGCUGAGACGUUUUCUGGCUUCAGAUCCAGACACUCGAUGGUGCCCUGCCCCUGACUGCAGUUAUGCCGUCAUUGCGUAUGGAUGUGCCGAGUGUCCCAAACUGAGCUGUGGUCGGGAGGGCUGUGACACCGAGUUCUGCUACCACUGUCGGCAACUCUGGCACCCCAACCAGACCUGCGAUCAGGCGCGGCGUCAGAGGGCCCGCCACACCUCCAGCAGCAACGACGCCUCCACGCUGUACGUCUUCAAUGAAGAACCAGGAGGAGAUGCAGAGGAGAUCAAGGCGUGUCCUCGCUGCGGCGCCUACAUCAUGAAGACCAACGACGGCAGCUGUAAUCGAAUGAACUGCACUGUGUGUGCCUGUCAGUUCUGCUGGCUGUGUAUGCAGGAGAUCACCGAUGUGCACUACCUCAGUCCCUCAGGAUGUACCUUUUGGGGUAAGAAGCCAUGGUCGCAAACCCGCAAGGUUCUGUGGCAGGUGGGCAUGUUGCUGGGAGCACCGGUGAUCAUCUCACUAAUAGCGGGCCUCGCCAUCCCUGUCAUCAUUGUGGGCAUACCUAUAUACAUGGGCCGCAAGGUUCAUGGCCGCUGUAUGAAAAACAGUAUCUCAGGGAGUAAACACUACUUGACUGUGGCGAGUGGCGUUAUGAUGUCGGUGUUUGUAUCGCCGGUUAUAGCAGCCAUCACUGUAGGUGUGGGUGUGCCUCUUAUGUUGACAUACGUUUACGGCGUCGUGCCCAUGUCACUGUGCAGAAAUGGUUGGUGUCGACCGCAGAGCGAACCCCCUGAAACGCAUAAGAUUCAGCUGGAGGAUUUAGCAGGAUAUCUCCUGUUCUCUCACGUAGUCAGUGACCACUGGACCGGUCAAAACAGUCGACCGCCCAGUGACAACAGCGUCCAGGAAGUCAGAGUCAGCGUACAGGAAGUGGGCAUUGUCCCGAGUACAAGCGCCUCACCACCAGUGCUACACAGCUACGAAGGAGUGGACGAGACAGCUAAAGGUCAUGGCGUCGCUCAGCAGGACGACCCGUCGGACUGUGAGGUAGUCGUCGCCCCGGAGAGAAAACUCAGCGACGCUCCAUCUUUGAGGGAAGGUACCAACAUUGAAGUAAAAGUGGAAAUUGAGAGCCACCCAAGAGGAGCACGCCAGUCCAGUCUGAGUAGCAUCCUUUCCAGCCGGAGCCUGUCCGUGGAUUCCCUGAGACACUCGCUGUCCCGUUCCCAAGACUACCUGUGUGCCCCUGGGGGAACUCCCGAGGAACACGGAGAGGAGGAGGAGCAUAAGAAGAGAGAAAGAGAGGACGUCUCAGCCUACCCUGUCUUUGACAUAGACGACGUAUGAAGUCCUGUUGUAUUUGAGUCAGCAUUCACGGAUAGCAAUCCCAAUACGUGACGGGAGAUCUCACUGGCUUGGCCUGUCGAGCGCUGGUCACCUGCUGCUUCUCCCACCAGAUGCCUUCUAGCUCCAGCCUCAACCGAAGUCGCAAGUGAAUGAAACGGCGGUCAGGUGUGCAACAUUAGCAUGAGACUUGUUAAGCCGGAAGGACAGAGCGGUGACGGAGAGCAUGUUAGCUAACUAGUGUUUUCUAUGUCCUCACCCUCUGUUUGGACUAUUUACCGAACCUUUCCUCCUUCCUUAUUGGACUGUUCUGACUAGUGACCUCACCUCCACCCUCCUUUAAAAAGACAUCCUUCUGGUCCGCAUGACGCGUCUAAUAGGGACUGAAGAAUCUAACAUGCCAAAAUUCUUGUUAGAAAUUAAAUAUAUU